AAAUUAAAAAAAAAAGAAAAUUGAAAAUUACCGAAGUCCAAUUUGUUUGUAAGAAGAAAAGCAAGAGAGAAGAGAUAGUAAUGAACACUGCCGCUAUAUAUGCCAAUUUCCUUCCGCCGGCGGCCAUUCUCUCUCUUCUUCCAAAACCUCAACCUACUGCAUUCCCUCUUUUCCUUUCCUCAACUCACAGGUACUCUGAGAUCAACCACUAGAACUUUUCGCUUUGCAAGAGUCCAUUCUAUAUCGGCAAUAGCGAAGGAUACUGAAAAGAUGGAUAGUGUGAAGCAAUUAAUUGAGAAUUUGUUCGGAGAGUCUCUCAAACUGACAGUCCCUGAUGAGCUAGAUGUAGUCCCUAUUGUUACCCCUUGCAAAGAUCUUAGACAUGGUGAUUAUCAGUGCAACAACGCAAUGAGCUUAUUUGCGAAGGUUAAGGACAAUAUGCCAGAAUUUAGAAACCCCCGGGCUGUUGGACAGGCCAUCGAGAACAACCUUCCUGCAUCAGACAUGAUUGAGAGAUCCUCUAUAGCAGGGCCUGGUUAUGUGAAUGUUGUCCUAUCAAGCAAAUGGAUGGCAAAGAGGAUUCAUAAUAUGCUUGUUGAUGGUAUUGAAACAUGGGCACCAAAGCUUCCUGUCCAAAGGGCAAUAGUUGAUUUUUCAUCCCCUAACAUAGCAAAAGAAAUGCAUGUUGGGCAUUUAAGGUCUACCAUUAUUGGAGAUACUCUUGCACGUAUGCUGGAGUUUUCUAAUGUUGAAGUUCUCCGGAGAAACCAUGUAGGCGACUGGGGAACUCAGUUUGGCAUGCUCAUAGAGUACCUAUUUGAACAAUAUCCCAAUUGGGAAGCUUCUGCAAGUCAAGACAUUGGUGACCUUCAGAAAUUCUACAAGGAUUCAAAGCGGAGAUUUGAUGAAGAUGGUGAUUUUAAAGAGAGAGCCCAGCGAGCUGUUGUUAGUCUUCAGGGAGGGGAAGAGAAGUACAGGAAGGCUUGGUCACAGAUUUGUGAAAUUAGUCGAAAUGAAUUUGAGAGAGUUUAUCAACGACUUGGUGUUGUCUUGGAGGAGAAGGGAGAAAGCUUUUACAAUCCAUACAUCACCAAGGUACUAGAGCUUUUGAGUAGUAAAAACCUGAUUGUUGAAAGUGAGGGUGCACGUGUUAUCUAUGUCGAAGGCGUAGAGAGACCGUUGAUUGUUGUCAAGAGGGAUGGUGGUUUCAACUAUGCUUCAACGGAUCUUGCUGCGUUGUGGUAUCGACUAAAUGAAGAAAAAGCCGAAUGGAUAAUAUAUGUUACUGAUGUUGGUCAGCGUGAGCAUUUUGAAAUGUUCUUCUCUGCUGCCAGACUAGCAGGUUGGCUCCCAGGUGGAGAUGAUAAGUACCCCAAAGUCAGCCACGUUGGUUUCGGUCUUGUUUUAGGAGAUGAUGGAAAGAGAUUCCGUACGAGAAGUACUGAAGUGGUUAAACUAGUUGAUUUACUAGAUGAAGCUAAGACCCGUUGUAAGGCAGCUCUAAUUGAGAGAGGUAAAGCUGUGGAAUGGACUACAGAGGAGCUUGAAAAAACUGCUGAAGCUGUUGGAUAUGGGGCUGUGAAAUAUGCUGACCUGAAGAACAACAGAUUGACCAACUACACAUUCAACUUUGACCAGAUGCUUAAUGACAAGGGAAAUACUGCAGUGUAUCUACUUUAUGCACAUGCUCGAAUUUGUUCAAUAAUCAGGAAAUCUGGUAAAGAUAUUGAGGAACUAAAGAAGGUCGGAACACUGGCUUUGGAUCAUCCCGAUGAACGGGUUUUGGGGCUUCAUUUGCUUCAAUUUUCAGAGGUGGUUAAUGAAGCCUGUACGAAUCUAUUGCCUAACAUCUUGUGCGAGUAUCUGUACAAUUUGUCUGAAGACUACACUAGGUUUUAUACAAACUGUCAGGUGGUUGGUUCAGCAGAGGAGACAAGCCGGCUGCUAUUGUGUGAGGCAACAGCGGUUGUGAUGCGAAAGUGCUUCCAUCUGUUAGGGAUCACGCCAGUGUACAAAAUUUAAGGCCUUUAAGAAGGUCAACUAAUUUUGUAAAACCAUUAUAGUUCAGGUUUUCUUAUAGGCGAUUUCAAUCUUAUUCUGCACCUUAUCCUCAAUUAUUAGGACGAAGUGAUUUUUGUUUGGUAUUCGGGUUGAAUGUGAAUAUCAUCAGUUUGUUAAAUAUAUGAGUAUGGAAAUACAGUAAGUCAGAAACUUCACUCAAAGUUGUCAUCAUAUUCUAAUUUUACGCUUUUUUUUUUUUUUUUAGGCUCAAUGUCAAUGCCCGAAUAUAUGAAGUUUGAUUAGUGUUCAUUCCGCUUUGCUCC